GGGAUAUAAAGGAGGGUUUUAUUCCACCUCAGCUCUCUGUGACGGCACCGUUUGUUGUUUAGGCUCCAACAAAGUUUCUGUUUCCCUUCUUCAGAAAGCUGAACUGAGAUGGAUCCUCAGACAGUGAAGUGGAAAUCCUGUGUCGUCCGGCUGCUGCUGCUCACUCUGUGUCUCAGAAACACAUCAUCAGCAGCUGGGAGUGUGGAGGAACAUCUGAAGAAAACUCUGGAGGACUGUCUGAAGGACAAAGACUACGAGGAUCUCCUGAACACGGUGCAGAGCGGCCUUCCUCACAUCCACCCCUCCCAUCACGUGGUCAUCGUCGGGGCCGGUGCUGCAGGACUCACGGCUGCAAAGCUGCUGCAGGACGCCGGGCACCAGGUAACUAUAGUAGAGUCCAGUGGGCGUAUUGGAGGCCGAGUGGAGACCUACAGGAGCGAGGAGGAGGGAUGGUUCGCUGAGCUGGGAGCCAUGAGGAUCCCCAAAUCUCACAGCAUCGUCCUCUGGUUUGCUGAAGAACUGGGGGUGAAGCUGAAUCCAUUCGUCAUGGAGGACGUGAACACUUUCUUCCUGGUGAACGGGCUGCGGAGGAGGACGUACGCUGUGAUCGCUAAUCCAAACAUCCUGAAGUAUAAAGUGUGGAAGAGCGAGAAGGGGAAGUCUGCAAACCAGCUGCUGCAGAGAGCUCUGCAGAAGGUGAAAGAUGAAGUGAAGGCACAUGGCUGCGAAGCUGCGCUCCAGAAGUACGACCACUACUCUGUAAAGGAGUAUCUGAAGGCAGAAGGUGGCUUGAGUCCGGAGGCGAUUAGGAUGAUCGGAGACUUACUGAACGAACAGAGCCUGAUGCACCUCGCUCUGUCCGAGAUGAUCUACAUCGAGAGCGACGUCAGCGACAACACCACGUACUAUGAGGUGACAGGCGGGUCUGAUCUGCUGACCGAAGCUUUCCACACUGUCCUCGACGUCCCCAUCCUCCUCAACUCUAAGGUGAAACGUAUCCGCCAAUCAGAUCGAGGGGUCAUCGUGUCCUAUCAGACCAAUCGAGAACUCCCUCUUACUGACCUUCAUGCUGACAUGGUCCUGGUGACCACCACGGCCAAAGCUGCUCUUUUCAUGGACUUUGAUCCACCUCUGUCCAUUAAAAAGAUGGAAGUCCUGAGGGGCGUCCACUACGAAAGUUCCACUAAGAUCAUCCUCACUUUUAAAGAGAAGUUCUGGUUGGAGGACGGCAUCCGAGGCGGGAAGAGCAUCACCGACGGUCCUUCUCGGUUCAUCUACUACCCGAGUCACAGUUUCCCGAAAAAUAAGACCAUCGGGGUUCUGCUGGCUUCCUACACCUGGGCCGACGACUCCCUCCUCUUCCUGGGAGCGAGCGACGAAGACCUCAAGGAGUUGGCGCUGAGAGACUUGGAGCAGAUCCACGGGAAGAAAGUGUGGUCUCUUUGCACCGGGGUGGUGGUGAAGAAGUGGAGCGCCGAUCCUCACAGCCUGGGCGCCUUUGCUCUCUUCACUCCCUACCAGCAUGCAGAAUACUACUCCAAGGAGCUGUUCAGAAGUGAAGGCAGGGUGCACUUUGCCGGGGAACACACCGCCUUCCCUCACGCCUGGAUCGAGACGGCCAUGAAGUCCGCGAUCAGGGCGGCUAUGAACAUUAACAAAAAGACAGCGAGAACUCAACAGCAAGACGAGUUGUAGCCUCUUAAAUCCUGCAAAUACUAGAGCUCGCUUUAGUUUUAAAGCCGUGAUGCAACAAGCAGAAAAACCAAAAGUAUAGUAGAAGUACUCAGAUCUUGUACUUGAGUAAAAGUAGAAGUACUCAGAUCUUCCUUUGUUGAGCUAUCAGACUUUCUUUUUCUUUAGUUUGUCUUACUUAAAAAAACGUGUGCUCACUGUCUACCUGACAAAAACAUAUAUUGUAGGAGUAUUCUUUUCAAAUGUUGAUUAUCUGGUCUCUCGUUUCUCAGUCAGAGCAUUACAUAAUAAUAAUAAUAAAACUAUUAAUAUAUAACAACAUUUUAAAAAUGGUUGUAAUUUAGAACUGUAUAUAAAUUACAGCACUUUUUUGUUGUUGUAAUAAUGAUAUGUUUAUUCAAACCCAAUUACCGGACAAAUCAAGUAUUUUCUAUUUAUGUUUAUAGUUCUUUGUAAUAUAUUUUUACAUAUAUAUAUUUAAGAAGUACAAUAUGAGACAAGCACGGGGGCCAAUUCAAAGUGGGCCACGGGCCGUAGUUUAGACACCCCUGCUUUAUAAUAUAUUCAAAGAUAUUGAUCUUGAAGGACUAAAUUAUCUCUGAGUAAAAGAAAAAGAAAAAGAAAAAACCUUCACUGAUUAAUAAUAAUACAAAAGAUGAUUAAAUAUGAAACUGAAAGCAUGUCGUUAGUGAAGGAAAUCCAAAAUGACUCAAUAAUAUAAUCUUUCAUCUUUAUUUCCUCUUUUCAGUUCACUUUUUGUGCAAAAUCUCCAAGAAAAGAUGCACACAUGUCGAUAUAUUGAUGCUGAGUUUUGAAUGAUCACCAGAUCAAAUACCAGCUGAUUAUGAUGAGAUUGCAUUAUACUGUAAGUGUUGGAGAAAAUACUGUUGUCUCCUCUUUAUGUGUCGUUUUAAUGCACUGAUAUCAUGUGUCGACCUUUCAGCUUUCUCUUUAUGAUAGGAGGAGGCAGGGCAUUUCAGGUUGUUGAUCUUUAUGAGGAGACAGGCACAUACUUGUUGUCUCCUACAGGUUGUUGAUUACAUUACAUUACAUUACAUGUUACUUGUUAGACGCUUUUAUCCAAAGCGACUUACAUACUCAAUACUGUGGGCAAUCCCCACAGGAGCAAUUUGGGGUGAAGUGUCUCAGGGACACAACGACAUGCAGUGGGGUUUGAACCUGUGACCCCCUGAUCCGAACACCAAGCCACAACCCACUGCACCACACGCCUACAUGUUGAUCUUUAUGAGGAGACAGGCACAUACUUGUUGUCUCCUACAUAUCUCAUUUUUUAUAAGUCCAGAAGAAGUCGCAGAUGACCCGUCGCAGAUGACCCGACUUUCCAACACCCACGGCUGAUAUUAGUGCCACCUCGCUUUACGACUUUGUUGUUAUCUCCGUGUUUUGGACUAUAUAAGCCUGAUGUUUUCUGCUGCUCCGUUGAGCAACAUACCCCAUGUGUGUGAGUUAACCCAUAUCCUUUGUAUGUGAUUUAACUCUGCUCCUUCUUGCAAGAAUAAACUAGAACCUGAUUAUUGAUUCUCAA